GGAUUCGCCCCUUUUCCUCAGAAGGGAAGGGGGCACUAUACCUGUCACCUGUCCUCGGAUCCGCCAUGGUGGGACCCCUGGGUCCUCCGAACUUGCAUCCACCCUUCGCGCCGGACGAGUAUGCCGCGCGGCUGGCUUCGGUGCAGCGGUCCAUGGCAGAAAGGAAGGUUGAUCUGUUGAUUAUCACCGAGCCGGAGAACAUAUACUACAUGACCGGCUACCAAACAGUUGGCUCUCCAGAAGUACAGGCUCUCAUGAUUGACGCGACCGACAAAAGUUAUUUUGUGACGCGACAGCUUGAGGUGAGCAAUGCAUCUCGCAGCAAUCUCAGGACAGAUCAAUUGGAGGUGUAUGUUGAUUAUGAAAGCGGCAUUUCCAAGCUUUGCAACGUGAUCAUGCGAGAAAGCCCCAGCAUCAAAACGGCGGGACUUGAAAUGACAUCGCGUCGAUUGACUGCCGCUCAGCGACAGAUCUUGGAAUCGAGACUGUCUUGCAAUUUCGUGGAUUGUUCCAGUCUCAUUCCAAAGCAUCGUCUCAUCAAAUCUCCUGCAGAGAUAGCGAUUAUGAAGCGUGCGGCUGAAAUUUGUGCAGCUGGGGUCCAAGCGGGGCUGUCUUCCACGGUGCAUAUGACAGAGUCACAGAUUGCGGGGAACAUAUACCAUGCGAUGUGUGAAAAAGGCGGUGAAUAUCCUGCCUACCCGCCUUUUGUGUGUGCGGGGCGGAAUGGUUGCAUCGGCCACUACACAGGUUCUGGGCAUCAUGCCCUCCGUGAUGGCGAUCUCUUGUUUUUGGAGAUUGGAGGCUGUUUUGAGCGAUACCACGCUGCUUUGAUGCGGUCCUGCUAUGUGGGAACUGCUCUUCCUCAAGCCUUAGCUGAAGCAGAAGCUGCUGUCUUGAAGGCAAUGGACACUGCAAAGAAUCUCAUGCGACCGGGAGCCGUUGCACGCGACGUUGAUCGCGCAGCUCGAAGGGAAUUGGAAAAGGUGCAAGGCACGAUGUCACUACGCUCCGGCUACUCCAUUGGCAUUGGCUUUUAUCCGGAUUGGGGUGAAGCCGAGCAUUUUCGAAUGGAUCCUGGUUCGGAGCAGGUCUUUGAAGAGAAGAUGGUGUUGCAUUUGAUUCCAUGGCUUCAACUUCCUGACUACGGAGGAGUUGGUCUCAGUGACACUGUCCUCAUCACCCCUCACGGCGCCGUCUCCUUGUUCGACCGCCUCGUUCGACCGCAGAUCGCCUUGAUUCCGCCCUCCCUUCGACAACCCUUUGGGCCAGAGGAGUCGCAGAGGGUGCGACGUGUGCUGAAGUUGGAACCAACACCCUUAGAGAAACUUCACCUGGAAGGUUUAGGUUCUCUCUUCGUGAAGGAUGAAUCGAAGCGCUUGGGUUUGCAAGCCUUCAAGGUCGUUGGUGGAGCAUAUGCCAUGCUUCGCUUCAUGUGCAAGCGUUUAGCGCUGCCGAUGGUUGAGGAGCACCAGGACGUGUCAGACGUCCAACGUCAAUACGCGGAGCGUUUCGGUAUCACGACCUUUGUGACUGCAACCGAUGGGAAUCACGGCCGUGGUGUUUCUUGGGCUGCCAAGACCUUCGGGCAGAAGGCGGUGGUUUACAUGCCUAAGGGAUCUGCUCUUCAACGGCUGCAGCAUGUGAAGGACCUAGGAGCAGAGGCAGAGAUUACAGAUCUGAACUAUGAUGAUACAGUUGAGAUGGCCUUUGCAGAAGGAAGGAAGAAAGGUUGGGUGGUGUUGCAGGAUACCACUGCACCGGGAUACACUGAAAUUCCUGAAUGGAUCAUGCAAGGCUACACAGCCAUGGUCCAAGAGUCUUUAGAAGCAAUGGAGGAUUUUCCCAGCCAUGUGUUGUUGCAGAUGGGCGUUGGUUCCAUGGCCGCCGCAGUGGUUGGUCACUUCAGUGCCUUGAGAGUGAGUAAUGGAUACCGAAUGCCUCGAUUUCUGGUUCUUGAACCGAAGAAUGCCGCAUGCGGACUAGAAUCCAUGAGAAAUGAUGGAAAGCUUACAGAGGUGACGGGCGAAUUGGACACGAUGAUUGCAGGUUUAGCCUGUGGCGUUCCAUCGAGCAUUGCUUGGCCCAUCCUGCGUGAACACGUCUCGGCAUUCGUCAGUGUUGAGGACGAGAUUGCCGGAAAUGGCAUGCGACUGCUGCAUCGGCACGGAAUCGAAGCAGGAGAAUGUGGCGGAGCUGCUGCAGGGCUCCUGGAGCAUAUCAUGUCAUCGAACUGUCAGACUGCUACAGCUUUGCGAGAAGCACUGGCUUUAGGAGCGGACAGCCAAGUGUUGAUCAUCAAUACCGAGGGCGCAACCGAUCCGGAGAACUAUCGACUUCAAUUGACUUUGCCUCACGUUAAGCCACGUGAUGGUAUGCUCACCUUUGAGCUUGGAGUGUUGAUCGCAGGCCGGAUCUUGCGGUUCCGCGUCUUAGGCAUCGUGGUCCACACCGUGGAGCCAUCCACGAUCAAAGUGGCAGGUCACAAGCUGCAGGCGAAGCUGGCGUUUGCCAACGACCGGACGGUGAAGCCGUUGCUGUUAGAACUGAGCUUCUUUUUGAGCGAUGGAAAGUCCGGCAUCGUUCGGACCUACCUCACAGAGGAGGAGCCUUUGCACCCUCGCUUUCGUUUGACUGCUGGAGAUGUGGUUCGGAAAGAGGAGGAGAUGCAAGUUGACGUUGUCUCCAUGAAAGAUAUCGGUGGAGCAACAGAGGUUGCCAGCUCUGGAGACUGCAAGGUGCGGUUGAAGCACAGCCCCUUUGAGUUGCACUUCAUCGUCAAAGAUGAGGUCGUUCAGAAGCUCAAUUCGCAGCACCUCUUGAAUUUCGAGCGGUAUCGGCCGAGGGGCUCGCAGCCUCACGCAGGCUUGGUUGAUGCCACAGAUGUGGACUCCAAUGACCUCUUCGAGGAGAGCUUUGGUGGGCAUACCGACAGCAAGCCACGUGGCCCUGCUGGCGUGGGGAUCGAUGUGAGCUUCGAGGAUGCGAUUGACGUGUUUGGUUUGGCAGAGCAUGCCACCGGUCUGGGCUUGGCUGAAAACAAGCUCUCGCCCUAUCGGUUCUUCAACCUGGAUGUUUUUGAAUAUGCUUUGGACGUCCCAAUGGCGCUCUAUGGGGCGAUCCCUUUAGUGACUGCAAUCCACCAGCCAAAGUCUGGCGGUGCCUUCGCGAGUGGCUUUUUCUUUCCAAACCCGUCAGAGGGGUUUGUUCACGUGGAAAAGCAAGGUCAUGCAACGCGUAGCUGGUGGCUCUUUGAGUCUGGUGUGAUGGACAUGUUCUUCCUCGCUGGCCCUGCUCCCCAAGACGUGCUACAGAGGUACCACAUGGUGACAGGGUUUCCGCGGCUACCUCCCUUUACAACCCUUGGCAAGCACCAGUGCCGAUGGAACUAUGUAGACGUUGAUGACUCCAUCAACGUCAACAGGAAGUUUGACCAAUAUGACAUCCCUUAUGAUGUUCUCUGGCUCGACAUCGAGCACACAGAUAGUAAGAAGUACUUCACCUGGCAUCCAACUCAUUUCAGCCAAGCUGGAAAGCUCUUGGAUACACUGGAGGCGUCUGGGCGCAAGUUGGUGACCAUCAUCGACCCCCACAUCAAGAAAGACACAGGGUAUGACGUCUACAAGAAAAUGCAGUCGCACGACCUGUUCACCAAGACCAAAGACAAGCAACUCUACGACGGUUGGUGUUGGCCGGGCACCUCUUCAUACCCAGACUUUUGCAAUCCCGAGGCUCGAAAGCUUUGGACCAGCUUUUUCCGGAUGGACUACUAUCCUCACAACAGGCCGGACCUCUACACGUGGAAUGACAUGAACGAGCCAAGUGUCUUCAAUGGACCAGAGGUCACCAUGCCACGGGACAAUUUGCACAAGUGCAGCGAAAAUGACUACAAGGUCGAGCACCGAGACAUACACAAUGUUUAUGGUUUUUAUCAUCACAUGGCCACUGUGGAAGGACAGCUGGCACGGGCUCCAAAUGUGCGCCCCUUUGUGCUGACGCGGUCCUUCUUUGCUGGCUCUCACAGACAUGGGGCGAUUUGGACCGGAGACAAUAUGGCAAAGUGGGAGCACCUGGCCAUCUCAGUGCCUAUGCUUGUGUCUCUUUGCCUUUGUGGAGCUUCUUUCGUUGGAGCCGACGUUCCGGGCUUCUUCUAUGAUCCAGAGCCGGAACUCUUUCGAAGGUGGCACCAGCUUGGCAUCUGGUAUCCAUUUUACAGAGGCCAUGCCCAUUUGGAGACUAAGAGAAGAGAACCCUGGAUGCUGGGAGAUGCGAUCAUGCAGAAUGUCCGAGAGCAGGUCAGCGUGCGGUAUCAGAUGUUGCCCACUUGGUACACGCUCUUUGCCCAAUGGGCUCAUGCAGGAGUCCCUAUCAUGCAGCCCCUUUGGUACCAGGAGCUAGGCGACCUGGAGGCCUUUAAGCAUCAGAAUACCCACUAUUUGCUGGGCAGUGACAUCCUCGUCCGUGCUAUCUCCAAAGCUGGAGAGAAGUCAGUGGAUCUUUAUUUGCCAUCGGGCACCUGGUUCGACUUCUGGGACCUGCAGGCGGCUCCACUCGCUGGUGGCAAGCACCACCGAAAGACCAGCCCAGAGCAUGUACCCGUCUUCGUGCGGUCUGGGGCCAUCUUAGUAAAGAAGAUGAGGCGAAGGCGGAGCUCCAUGUUAACGGCGGCUGAUCCGUACACCCUCGUGAUCUACGGAAAUCCAUCUCAAGGUUUUGUUUACCUUGAUGAUGGGCAGAGCCAUGAGUUCAAGCAAGGAAAAUUCAUUUAUGACAAGCUGCCCUUCAAUGGAGAGGAACUGACCUCUCAGCCAAACCAGAGACUACACGCAGUCGGUCCAGCAAAUGGAGGCUUGGGUUCGAAGCAGAGUACCCUCAUCGAACGCCUGGUCUUCGUUGGGUUGAAAUCGGCCCCACGGAGGGCCGUCGGCGGAGGGAAGGAGUUUGAGGUGACCACGACUUCUAUGAGCAAUGGCGCAUUUGUGGCUAAUGUCAAGAAGCCCAUGUGCAACUUAGGGACCUCGUGGAAGCUACAGCUCCUCUUCUGA